AUCCACCUCAUCCUCCUCCUCGUUAUCAUCAUCAUCAUAUCACACCAGCCGUACAGCAGCAUCUUUUUCUUCAAUUUUUCUCUUUUGCUUCGCCUCAUCUGUUGGUUAACUGUUGUAUGCUUCGCCGUUACCUGUACACAACUGCGAAAAAGUCGAUUCAACUGACGCAAGGGGAAAUGAGAGCGCUAACCCGCCCCUCUGACCGGCCACUUGUUUAACCUCAUGCUUGCGAUUCGGAUGGCGGAUAUUUUUGGCCCUACGUUUACGUAACAGAGAUUUCGUAAGUCUAUUUGUCAGUCGGGCGGCCGAAGAAGAGGGGAAAAGAGCGAGAGAAAGCAGUCGGCAUCAGCAGCUGAACGCAACACACUCUGCGUCGGCCCGUGAGAAGAGGAGAUAAUAAGGACUAUUCGCGAGGAAAAAAAAAAAAAAAAAAAAAAGAUGCUGGAAGGCCUGUUUGAGUUGCACGGCCGGUUUUGCGCCGGUCACUCGAUGCACGUAAUCGUCACCACCUUCAUACUUACCGCGUGCAUGUACCACAUGGAGACACCGAGCGCCGGUCUACUCAAAGACGGAAGUCUGCCGAUUUCGGACAGCGCCGGCCACUGCUGGCAGGGACGAUGUUCCAACGAUCAGGAGCUGAACGCCGCGGACGUGAUUCUGAUGACGGUGAUUCGUUGCCUAGCGAUACUCUUCAGCUACCAUCAGUUCCGGAGCCUUCAAAACCUGGGCUCCAAGUACAUUUUGAGGAUCGCCGGGAUAUGCACCAUAGUUUCCAGCAUCAUAUUCACCCUGAACGUGUUGAACUUUGGACGCAACGACAUCUCCGAUCUAAAGGAUGCCCUGUUCUUCUUCCUUCUGGUGAUAGACUUGAACAAGGCGCGGACCUUGGCCCAACUGGCGCUGAGCUCGAAAAGCCAGGACGAAGUGAGGGCCAACAUAGCCCGGGGCAUGUCGAUCCUCGGGCCCUCGAUGACCCUCGACACCCUCGUCGAGAUCCUACUGAUCGGCAUCGGCUCCCUCUCGGGCGUUCGCAGGCUCGAGAUACUCUGCGGCUACGCCUGUCUCGGCGUUCUCGUCAACUACAUCGUCUUCAUGACCUUCUAUCCGGCCUGUCUCUCGUUCUUCCUUGGGCUCUCGCGCAGCAGUGACAGUGAGAUCUUGAUGACGGGCCACACCGGUAAUAGCUGCGGCGAGGAAGAUCAGAAGCCAAAUCCCGUCGUCGAACGGCUCAAGCUCAUCAUGAUAGCCAGUCUUUUUGUCGUGCACGCGCACAGUCGCUGGCCCUUCCGCAAUGAGGAAGCCGAGGAAGCGAUAGGCCAGACGGUGUCGACGGUGGGCCCGAGCAUAGUCCUCACGAAUCGCAACAAAACCGAGGCCCCGAGUGACCUGAGGGGCUACCUGACCAAUUGGCUGUCGGUGAGCGCGGAGAACAUCGUCAUCCUGAUCCUCCUGCUCGCCCUGACGGUCAAGUUCAUCUUUUUCGAGGAGCGUUCGCUCCGGCUGGAGGCCGAGGAGGCCGAGCGCAAGGCCAAGCUGCCCGGGCGGGUUGCCAACACCGACGACGACGACUACGAGGAGGACGAAGAGGAGCAUAUCGGGGGUGGGGUCAGCAGCAAGAACAGCGACAGCGGGAUCAGCGACAUGGACAGCAAACUCAGCCAGCGCUUUGCCGCGACAAUGAGCAUCGGCGGCCAGCCGGCGGCGGCGGUCUUUCCCCUGACCUCGUCGAUGGGCGAGGAUUGGAUCGAGGUCGGCCACGACUCCGUCGUUGAGAUGCUCGACAAGGAGGUCCAGACCGAAGACGUUCUGCUGACCGGCUCGCCCCACUCGUCCAGCAGCGAGACCCUCUGCUCGAGAUCCGACAGCCUGCGCAGCCUCGAGGAGUGCCUCGCCAUUUACCGUUCCGAGCUGGGUGCCAACGUUCUCACCGACUCCGAGGUGAUUCAGCUGGUGAAUCACAAAUACAUUCAGCCGUACCAGCUGGAAAAGGCAGUUGGGGAUAUGGAGCGGGGCGUAGGUAUUCGUCGGAGCAUCGUAGGCAUCGCGGGCAACUUCACGGAGGAGCUAAUAGAUCUGCCGUACCGUAAUUACGACUACAGCCGAGUGUUGGGCUCCUGUUGCGAGAACGUCGUGGGUUACGUGCCGGUGCCUUUGGGCAUCGCUGGGCCGCUUCUCCUCGAUGGCAACCUCGUCUACGUGCCCAUGGCCACGACGGAGGGUUGCCUCGUUGCCUCGACGAAUCGUGGCAGCCGAGCGCUCAUGAGCUGCGGUGUUACCAGUCGCGUAGUGGCUGACGGCAUGACCAGAGGACCGGUGGUGCGCUUCCCCAAUAUCGUCCGGGCAAGCGAAGCCAUGGAUUGGAUGCAGCAGCCGGACAACUUCGACAAAAUGAAGAGCAGCUUCGACGCGACCAGCCGAUUCGCUCGGCUCACCAAGAUCCACGUGCGAAUCGCUGGCCGUCACUUGUUCAUCCGCUUCGUGGCCAAGACGGGCGACGCCAUGGGCAUGAACAUGUUGUCUAAGGGCACGGAGAAGUCAUUGCACACGGUGCAAGAGGUCUUUACGGAUAUGGAGAUACUCUCGCUAAGCGGUAACUUUUGCACGGAUAAAAAGCCAGCGGCGGUCAAUUGGAUCGAGGGCCGGGGCAAGAGCGUCGUCUGUGAGGCCAUCGUGCCCGCCGAGAUAGUCUCCACGGUGCUCAAAACUUCCACCCAGGCCCUUGUUGACGUCAACAUCAGCAAAAACAUGAUCGGCUCCGCUGUGGCGGGCAGCAUAGGUGGCUUCAACGCCCACGCGGCCAACAUCGUCACAGCUAUAUACAUUGCCACCGGACAGGAUCCAGCACAGAACGUUGGCAGCAGUAAUUGCAUGACGCUGAUGGAGCCGUGGGGUAUCGACGGCAAUGACCUGUACGUGUCGUGUACGAUGCCCAGUAUCGAGAUCGGCACGAUAGGCGGUGGUACCGGAUUACCGGCUCAGGGAGCUUGUCUGGCCAUGCUCGGCGUCAAAGGAGCAAACGUGCUCGAGCCUGGCCAGAACGCUAACAAACUCGCGAGGAUAGUCUGCGCGACCGUACUUGCUGGAGAACUUUCACUUAUGGCCGCUCUCACGGCCGGACAAUUAGUCAAGAGUCAUCUAAGGCACAACAGAUCAUCUACUAUGGUGAGCAGUCAAAUAAAUUCGUCAGCUAUGCCAAUAAGGAGGAUGCAGGGCCUCAGUUUGACGGUGCCAAGCGUGUUGCCUCCUAUCCCUCAAGCCAGUACAAAUUGCGCGAGCGGCUCGUAGCGUUAGUUAAGCUACUUCUUGUGUUUCUUUUGUGAUUGUCAUUAGUGACCUUAAUCAGUCACUGUGAAAAAUUGAUCAAUCAAGACUUUCAAGGUACGGACUUGACGAGGAGAAAAAUAAUAACAAUGAUGGACUUUGUACUUGGCUUUUGAGCAGCAGUCUUCCACAUUUUGUACAACAUGUUUUAUUCUUUACUUUUGAAGUCAAUGCGUCCAAGUCGCAUUAUUAUUAU